AUGCUACGGGAGCAGCAGGAGCGGGGCUGGCUCACAAUCAAGCCCGGAGCCGAGGGGGGAUGGCAAAGCAUGGUAAGGACGCUCUUUGUCAGCGGGUUGCCUCUGGACAUCAAGCCCCGGGAACUUUACCUGCUCUUCAGGCCCUUUAAGGGGUACGAAGGGUCUCUCAUCAAACUCACCUCCAAGCAGGUAGGAGCUGCUCGAAACGGGGCGAGCAUCCCACACCAUGCCCUGCAGGGCAUCCGCUUCGACCCCGAAAUCCCCCAGACGCUGCGUCGCGGCUGGUCGGUCGCCGUUAACUCUCCUUCUUCUUUUCUUGCAGACGAGCUCACAGUGCCUGCACUUUACCCCAGUAGCCCUGAAGUGUGGGGGCCGUACCCUCUGUACCCAGCGGAGUUAGCACCUGCUCUACCUCCUCCUGCUUUCACCUAUCCCGCUUCGCUGCACGCCCAGAUGCGCUGGCUCCCCCCCUCCGAGGCUGGUUCUCAGGGCUGGAAG